CCGGCCUCUCCCUUCCAGCAUUUAAAAACCCCUUCCCUUCACUUUCUCAACUAACACACCCCCCACAUUCACCUUCCCCUUCUCUGCCGCGCCAAAUCUCUUCACUUCUCCUGUUCUCCACACUCAAUGCGGACACAGUAACAAUGCCUCUACACACGAAACCCUCAACUCCUCCACCUUCUUCAACCACCGAUCUCAGGCACCGCGUCCUCACCAGCCUCAACAAGCUCUCCGACCGCGACACUCUCGCCUUGGCCACUUCAGAGCUUGAGUCUAUUGCGCGCACUCUUCGUUCCGACUCCUUCUCUCCAUUCCUCAACUGUCUUCACACCAUUGAUUCCUCCUCUAGGUCCCCCGUUCGUACGCAAUGCGUGAAUCUCCUCACCGUAAUGAUUACUUCUCAUGGGAAUUCACUUUCUCCUCACCUUCCUAAGAUCGUCUCUACCGUCCAGCGACGAUUAAGGGACUCCGAUUCCUCCGUUCGAUCAGCUUGCGUUGAUGCCUGCACCGCUAUGUCGGCUCAGAUUACUUCGCCUCCGUUCUCGGUCAUUUCGAAGCCGUUGAUAGAGUCUCUUGUGGUCGAACAGGAUUUGAACUCGCAGGUCGGUGCUGCAAUGUGCUUGGCCGCAGCGAUUGAGGUGGCGCCGGAGCCGGAGACGGAGCAGCUGAGGAAGUUGUUGCCGAGGUUGGGGAAGCUGAUGAGGAGUCAGGGGUUUAAGGCGAAGGCGGCGGUUUUGGGGGUUAUAAGGAGUGUUGUUGGGGUUGGGGGAGCGACGAGUAAGGGUAUAUUGGAUGCGUUGGUGCCGUGUGUAGUGGAGUUUUUGAGCAGCGAGGAUUGGACCGCGAGGAAGGCAGCUGCGGAGGCGUUGGAGAAACUGGCGGUGGCAGAAAGGGAAUUGGCAAAGCAGUAUAAGGCGGCGUGUAUGAAUGCUCUGGAGAGUAGAAGGUUUGAUAAGGUAAAGGUUGUGCGGGAGACCAUGAAUCACACUUUGGAACUGUGGAAGGAGAUUCCUGGUAUUGAGGAGCUGCAGAAUGGUUUGCCUCCAUCUCAAUCCAGAUCUUCUUCUUCAGCAAAUAAUGCAAAAGUAUGCUCCCUUUCCAUGUCCAAACGUUCUGAUGAUGGUGGUCUCAAAACACCACCGCAGAAGAAAACUAUCCCCACAAACAGGUCCCCUCCGUCUGACUCAUUUGUGACCACUGCUAAGAGAAGUAGUACUCCAUUGAGUACUAGCAGAAGUUCAAACGCAACCGCAAUCCGUAAGCUGAAUCAUAACAAAUCCUCUGAAUGGAAAAUUGAAAUUACUGGACCCCAGUCACCAUCUUUAACAGCAGCUUGUGAAGACAAUUUCAAAAGAUGUGAAGACAGAAUUCUGGAGCCUGUAGACAAUGUGAACAAUGAGAAUUCUACCACACAAACAAAACAAGUACUUUUUAGUAGUAUCCGUGAUGACAAGAUGCAUAAAUUCGGUGGUUUGAGAUCUGGGUCUCGGGUGGUUCCCUUUAAUGAUAACCAUUGUUCAGAUGUGGUCAGCAAUGAUAUGGAAGAAGUUUACUCGGACCAAAAAGAUGCUGAGGAUCUUUCUUUGAUCCGGGAACAGCUUGUUCAGAUUGAAAACCAGCAAUCCAGUCUAUUGGAUCUUCUGCAGAGAUUCAUUGGCAGUUCUCGGAGUGGGAUCAAUUCUCUUGAGACCCGUGUUCAUGGCCUGGAGAAGGCAUUGGAUGAAAUAUCAUAUGACUUGGCAGUAUCACAUGGAAGAAUUCCCAACCCUGAGUCUUCAGAGAACAUCUGUUGCAAGCUUCCUGGUGCAGAAUUCUUGAGUCCCAAGUUAUGGAGGAGGACGGGAAGUCGAUAUUCCACUUCUAGAUACUGUUCUUCUGGCAGCAUGAUUAAAGAAGCCAGCUCUGAAAUAUACAAGCUUGAUGGCCAAAGUUUUCAUCACAGAAGUAGGGAGGGAUUUAUCAUGAACCCAUUGGCAGAUGAUCGCAGCAACUCCAGUGGAAAUUCAGCUCCCCAUCCAAAUUUUAUAUCAAAAGGAAAAAUCACUGAUGUUGGUACACCACAAUUCCUUGGUAUCCUUGGGCUUGAUGGAGCUUCAUCACUUACUUGUACAGCACCAUAGCACCCAAGCAGAAGAUUUCCUGCUCCAUCAUCCGAAUGGAAGUACUUUUUCUGCAGAAUCGUGUCUGAGAGAUGAGCACCAUUUUGUCUGUCAUCAAACGAAAGGCUUUUUGAAGAAGGAGCUGCUUGCUAGCUGAGACCGAAGUGGAGGUGCUUGAAUAUGAAAUUUCUGAUAUUCACUGCAGCGAUUUGAUUGAUUUCAAGGUUAGACCAUCUAAGAUUGCAGGACUGUCCGUCCAAUGUUAACAAUGCAGAAAGCUUUUGCAUAACAUGUAAUUAUUUUUGUUCUUCAACACUUUGUGUUGAUAGAAGGUUUGUGUCAUAUGUUGUUAAUUUGGCAUCCUAUUAUCCCAUGUCAUUGGCAUAAAAGUUGUUUUCUGCCCGUGAGCCUGGGGGGUUGCCCAAGCAAAAGAAUGUGGGUUGGUGAAGGCCCAGAGUCUAUUCUUUGAGCGAUGGGCCUGAGAAGUUAAAUUUUAUAGUCCAUUGGACAACAACAGUUGGGUC